AUGGCCAACUCUGAUCCCCACUACCCCCAGUCCUCCAUUGAGGAUGACUCCAACUAUGGCAGCUGCGUGGCCUCCGCCGGCGUACACAUCCGCAUGGGUAAUGUGGCUUUAGAUAAUCUAAAGAUAAAAGAAAAUGCUCUGAGUGAAUUGGAUGUUCCUUUUAAAGUCAAGGCUGGCCAAAUUGAUAAAUUAACUUUGAAGAUUCCUUGGAAGAAUCUUUAUGGAGAAGCAGUUGUUGCAACUCUGGAAGGAUUAUACCUGCUUGUUGUUCCUGGAGCAAGUAUUAAAUAUGAUGCUGAAAAAGAAGAAAAGUCUUUGCAAGAUAUUAAACAGAAAGAGCUAUCCCGAAUUGAAGAAGCCCUUCAAAAGGCAGCAGAGAAAGGCGCACAUUCAGGGGAGUUCAUAUAUGGCUUGGAAAACUUUGUUUACAAGGACAUCAAGCCUGGACGUAAGCGUAAAAAGCACAAAAAACAUUUUAAGAAACCUUUUAAAGGUCUUGAUCGCUCAAAAGAUAAACCAAAAGAAGCCAAAAAGGAUACAUUUUUGGAAAAAUUGGCAACUCAAGUAAUUAAAAAUGUACAAGUAAAAAUCACAGACAUUCAUAUUAAAUAUGAAGAUGAUGUUACUGAUCCAAAGCGGCCCCUUUCAUUUGGUGUCACACUGGGAGAACUUAGUUUGUUGACUGCAAAUGAACACUGGACUCCUUGUGUGUUAAAUGAAGCAGACAAAAUUAUAUACAAGCUUAUCCGACUUGAUAGCCUUAGUGCCUACUGGAACGUAAACUGCAGCAUGUCUUACCAGGGAUCAAGGGAACAGAUCUUGGAUCAUCUGAAAAGUGAAAUUCUUACAAGUAAUGAUAUUCUACCAAGCCAUCAAUAUAUUUUCCAGCCAAUAUCAGCCUCUGCAAAACUCUACAUGAAUCCUUAUGCAGAAACAGAGCUCAAAACACCCAAACUUGAUGGGAACAUAGAAGUACAAAAUAUUGCCAUCGAACUGACCAAACCUCAGUACUUAAGUAUGAUUGACCUUUUGGAGUCAGUGGAUUACAUGGUUAGAAAUGCCCCUUACAGGAAAUAUAAACCUUAUGUACCUCUUCAUACCAAUGGUCGACAAUGGUGGAAAUAUGCAAUUGAUUCUAUUCUUGAAGUUCAUAUAAGAAGGUGUACACAUAUGUGGUCAUGGAGUAACAUAAAAAAUCACAGGCAAUUGCUCAAGAGUUAUAAAUGUGCCUACAAAACCAAGCUGACCCAGACUAAAGUCCCAGAAGAAAUACAGAAACAAAUUCAGGAUUUGGAGAAGACUCUAGAUGUUUUUAACAUAAUUUUAGCAAGGCAACAAGCACAAGUUGAGGUGAUUCGGUCCGGGCAGAAAUUAAAGAACAAGUCUACUGAUGCAGGCGAGAAACGUGGAGGCUGGUUUAGUGGGUUUUGGGGUAAGAAGGAAAGUAAGAAAAAAGAUGAAGAAUCUUUGAUUCCUGAAACUAUUGAUGACCUUAUGACUCCAGAGGAAAAAGAUAAGUUCUUCACAGCUAUUGGUUAUAGUGAGAGCACCCACAACCUAACUUUACCCAAACAGUAUGUUGCUCAUAUAAUGACACUGAAAUUAGUAAGCACGUCUAUUACAAUAAGAGAAAACAAAAAUAUUCCAGAAAUACUAAAAAUUCAGAUAAUUGGUUUGGGCACCAAAGUAUCUCAGCGACCAGGAGCACAAGCACUUAAGGUGGAAGCAAAAUUAGAACACUGGUAUAUAACAGGUCUGAAACAGCAGGAUACUGUUCCAUCACUUGUGGCUUCAAUUGGUGAUACUGCAUCAUCUUUGCUUAAAAUUGAAUUUGAAACCAAUCCAGAGAAUAGUACUGCUGACCAGACUCUCGUUCUUCAGUCUCAGCCUGUGGAGGUCAUCUAUGAUGCUUAUGAUUACACAUUUCAACUCGACCCUCUGACCUUUCAUUUUUUUCUUUUUUUAGGACUUACACAUAUUAUUGAAACUCGAAAAGUCCUUGAUUUAAAGAUAAACCUGAAGCCUUCUUAUCUCAUAGUUCCACACACAGGCUUCUACCACAAAAAGUCAGAUCUUCUCAUUUUAGAUUUUGGUACAUUUCAGCUUAACAGUAAAGAUCAAGGUUUGCAGAAGAAUGGUAAUUCAUCUCUGGAGGAAAUAAUGGAUAAGGCAUAUGACAAGUUUGAUGUUGAAAUAAAAAGUGUACAACUACUCUUUGCAAGAGCAGAGGAAAACUGGAAAAAGUGUCGAUUUCAGCAUCCAUCAACUAUGCAUAUUUUGCAACCCAUGGAUAUUCAUGUUGAGUUGGCCAAGGCAAUGGUGGAAAAAGACAUUAGAAUGGCCAGAUUUAAAGUAUCAGGAGGGCUUCCUUUGAUGCAUGUGAGAAUUUCUGACCAGAAGAUGAAAAAUGUGCUAUGUUUGAUUAACAGUAUACCCUUGCCACAGAAAUCAUCUGUACAGUCUCCUGAGAGACAGGUAUCCUCAAUUCCUGUUAUUUCAGAUAGGACAAAAGACCUACUUGGUACAUCACUGUUGCUAGAUGGAGUGGAAUCAGAGUCCGAUGAUGAAUAUUUUGAUGCUGAAGAUGGAGACAUACAGACUGGUAAAAGUAUGAAAGGAUCAGAACGAAAAAAAGUUGCAGAGGCUCCAAAUGAGGAGCUCAUUAAUCUUCUACUAAAGUUUGAAAUUAAAGAGGUGAUUUUGGAAUUUACCAAACAACAGAAAGAAGAAGAUACAAUUCUAGUAUUUAAUGUUACUCAGUUAGGAACAGAGGCUACAGUGAGAACAUUUGAUUUAACUGCAGUAUCUUACCUAAAGAAAAUCAGCUUGGAUUACCAUGAAAUUCAAGGAUCCAAAAAAAAGCCACUUCACUUGAUUAGCUCUUCUGACAAACCUGGAUUAGAUCUUUUAAAAGUGGAGUAUAUUAAGGCUGAUAAGAAUGGACCUAGUUUUCAAACUACUUUUGAAAAAACUGAACAAACAGUUAAGGUGGCUUUUUCAUCUUUAAACCUGUUGCUGCAAACACAAGCUCUUCUCUCUUCUAUUAAUUACCUGACAACCAUUAUUCCAUCAGAUGGCCAAAAGAUGGGUGAUGCCAAGGAAGUACAAAUUUCAACUGAAAAGCAACAAAAAAAUUCAGCUCUGCAGAAAGUGAUUGUAUCCUCUAAGGAUAGUGACAUUAUUGACUUCAGGCUGUUUGCCAAGUUGAAUGCUUUCUGUAUCAAUGUUUGUGAAGAGAAGAACAAUAUUGCUGAAAUCAAGAUUCAAGGACUUGAUGCCUCUCUUCUUCUUCAGUCAAGAAAACAGUCUCUAUUUGCAAGACUGGAAAAUAUUAUUGUCACAGAUGUUGAACCCAAGACAGUUCAUAAAAAAGUGGUGUCAAUAAUGGGAAAUGAAGUUUUUCGUUUUAAUUUGGAUUUGUAUCCAGAUGCUACUGAGGGAGAUUUCUAUACUGACAUGUCCAAAGUGGAUGGUGUGGUAUCACUGAAUGUUGGCUGCAUUCAGAUUGUCUAUCUUCAUAAAUUCCUCAUGUCAUUCCUGAACUUCCUGAACAAUUUCCAGACAGCCAAAGAGGCUCUGAGUGCUGCCACUGCCCAGGCUGCAGAAAAGGCUGCCACAAGUGUGAAAGAUCUUGCCCAGAGGAGUUUUCGUGUUUCUAUCAAUAUUGAUUUGAAAGCACCAGUUAUUGUCAUCCCACAAUCUUCCAUUUCCACCAAUGCAGUAGUGGUAGAUCUUGGGUUAAUGAGAGUUCAAAAUCAGUUCAGUCUGGUGUCUGGUGAAGACUUCUUAAACCCUCCAGUAAUUGAUAGAAUGGAUGUACAGCUAACAAAGCUUAAGCUUUCUAGGACUGUGAUCCAGCCUGGCAUUUCCCAUCCUGAUAUUCAGCUGCUGCACCCAAUUAACUUGGAGUUUUCUGUAAAUAGGAAUCUGGCUGCAUCUUGGUACCACAAGGUGCCUGUUGUGGAAAUUAAAGGACAUCUUGAGUCAAUGAAUGUUAAUCUAAAUCAAGAAGACCUUAAUCUUUUAUUUAGAAUACUGGCGGAAAAUCUUGGUGAGGCUACUGAAGACUUGAAUAAAGUGAAACCAAGAACACAAGAGACAGGUGAAAUUAAAGGGCCACUUGAAAUCUCUGUAUCACAACAAGACGUACGUAUUUCACAAGAUACUUUAACAGCUGGAGUAGAAGAAAUUAGAUCUGUAGACAUCGUUAAUGUGCUGCUGAAUUUUGAAAUCAAAGAGGUUGUGGUUACUUUGAUGAAAAAAGCAGAAAAGAAAGGAAGGCCUUUACAUGAACUAAAUGUCCUCCAGCUUGGAGUGGAAGCUAGAGUUAAAACCUAUGACCUAACUGCUAAAGCUUAUCUAAAAAAAAUUAGUAUGCGAUGCUUUGAGUUUACUGACUCUAAAGGAGAACCUCUUCAUAUUAUUAACUCUUCUAAUGUAACUGAUGAACCCCUUCUGAAAAUGUUAUUGACAAAGGCAGACAGUGAUGGACCGGAAUUUAAAACCAUUCAUGACAAUACCAAACAGAGACUGAAGGUUUCAUUUUCAUCCUUAGACUUAGUACUUCAUUUGGAAGCUUUAUUAUCCCUCAUGCGUUUUUUAUCAUCUGCUGUUCCAUCCUCUGAACCUUCUGAAAAGGAAUCUGAACUGAAGCCACUUGUGGGGGAGUCCAGAAGUCUCAUUGUCAAAACUGUGUCCAGUAAUACUUCUCAAGAUGAUGUGUUUGACUUAAAGAUCAUGGCUGAAUUAAAUUCAUUUAAUGUCUUGGUCUGUGAUCAGAAGUGUAGCAUUGCAGAUAUUAGAAUACAUGGAAUGGAUGCCUCCAUUUCUGCGAAGCCAAAGCAAACUGACAUGUUUGCCAGACUUCAGGAUAUCAUUGUUACCAAUGUAGAUUUGAUGUCCAUUCACAAAAAGGCUGUCUCUAUUUUGGGAGAUGAAGUCUUUAGGUUCCAAAUGACUCUUUAUCCAGAUGCCACAGAAGGAAAGGCCUAUGCCGAUAUGUCUAAAGUAGAUGGCAAACUUAGUCUCAAAGUGGGCUGUAUUCAAAUUGUUUAUGUUCAUAAAUUCUUCAUGUCUCUUCUGAACUUUCUCAACAAUUUCCAAACUGCCAAAGAAGCCUUGAGCGCAGCCACGGUACAGGCUGCAGAAAGAGCUGCUUCCAGCAUGAAAGACUUGGCUCAGAAGAGUUUCCGCCUUUUGAUGGAUAUCAAUUUGAAAGCACCAGUUAUUAUCAUUCCUCAGUCUUCAGUAUCACCUAAUGCUGUGAUAGCCGAUCUGGGUUUAAUCAGAGUGGAAAAUAAAUUUAGCUUAGUUCCUAUGGAACAUUCUUCUCUUCCCCCAGUCAUUGACAAAAUGAACAUCCAACUCACUCAGUUGAAACUCUCCAGAACUAUCUUGCAGGCUGGCUUGCCACAAUAUGACAUUGAAAUUUUAAAACCAGUCAACAUGCUUUUGUCUAUACAGCGAAAUUUAGCAGCAACAUGGUAUGUGCAAAUUCCAGGGAUGGAGAUUAAAGGAAAACUGAAACCUAUGCAGGUUGCUCUCAGUGAAGAUGAUUUAACAGUUUUAAUGAAAAUUUUGCUGGAAAAUCUUGGAGAAGCUUCUUCACAGCCAAGCCCUACACAGUCUACCCAGGAGGCUGUAAGAGUAAGAAAAGAUGUUUUGAGUGGACCUGACCACCUCAAAGAACAAGAUUUGGCAGACACACAGCUUUCUGUGGAUCAGAGUGUCACUCUGCAAUUUGACUUUCACUUUGAAUCUCUUUCCAUUGUUCUUUAUAACAAUGAUAUCAACCAGGAAUCCAAACUUUCAUUUCAUAAUGACAGUUUCCGGCUUGGUGAACUCAGAUUACAUUUUAUGGCCUCCUCAGGGAAGAUGUUUAAGGAUAGUUCCAUGAAUGUGGGCAUUAAACUUAAGACAUGUACCCUUGAUGAUCUCAGAGAAGGCAUUGAGAGAGCAACAUCAAGAAUGAUUGAUAGGAAGAACGACCAAGAUAACAACAGUUCUAUGAUUGAUAUAAGUUACAAACAAGGCAAAGAUGGAAGAAGUCAUCUUGAUGCUGUUCUUGACAAGCUGUAUGUAUGUGCCAGUGUGGAAUUUCUGAUGACUGUGGCAGAUUUCUUUAUCAAAGCUAUGCCUCAGAGUCCAGAAAAUAUGGCAAAAGAAGUACAGAUUCCACUGCGACAGACUUCUACAGCAAAACUCAAGAUAGAAAAAGAUGACUCUGUGAGACCAAAUAUGACUUUAAAGGCCAGGGUCACAGAUCCAGAAGUGGUAUUUGUUGCCAACCUGACAAAGGCAGAUGCUCCUGCUCUGACAGCCUCAUUCCAGUGUGACCUCUCUCUAUCAACAUCCAAACUCGAACAGAUGAUGGAAGCUUCUGUGAGAGAUCUUAAAGUGCUUGCUUGCCCUUUUCUCAGAGAAAAGAGAGGAAAAAACAUUACUACAGUCUUACAGCCCUGUUCUCUAUUUAUGGAAAAAUGUGCAUGGGUUUCAGGAAAACAAAAUAUAAAUAUUGUAGUUGGAGAAUUUAUAAUUAAGAUUUCACCCAUAAUUCUUAAUACUGUGAUGACAAUCAUGGCCGCUUUGUCUCCAAAGACAAAAGAAGAUGAAUUCAAAGAUACAUCUAAGGAAACAGGAAAUCUUUGGGGUGUCAAAUCUAUUAGUGAUUAUAACUCUUGGUUCCUUGGUGUUGACAUGGCAACAGAAAUAACAGAAAAUUUCAAAGGUGUUGAACAGCCAUUGAUAGAGGAAAAUUGUGCUGUUGCUGUAGAGUCAGUUCAAGUUACCUUAGAAUGUGGACUUGGUCAUCAAACUGUACCUUUAUUAUUGGCGGAGUCAAAAUUUUCAGGAAAUAUAAAAAAUUGGACUUCCUUCAUGGCUGCUUCUGCUGACAUGACACUAGAGGUUCACUAUUACAAUGAAACCCAUGCUGUUUGGGAGCCACUGAUUGAGAGAGUGGAGGGAAAGAGACAAUGGAAUUUAAGGCUUGAUGUAAAGAAGAAUCCAGUCCAGGAUAAAAGUUUGAUGCCCGGAGAUGAUUUUAUUUUUCUUCCUGAGCCACAAACAGCAGUUCAUAUUUCUUCAGGAGAUACAAUGAAUAUAACAAUAUCCAAAAGUUGUCUCAAUGUUUUCAAUAAUUUAGCAAAGGGUUUUUCAGAAGGCACUGCUUCUACUUUUGACUACUCUUUAAAAGACAAGCCUCCUUUUACAAUAAAAAAUGCUUUAGGUGUUCCCACUAAGGUGCAGCCCAAUCAUAAUCUCAGAGUAAUGGGCUCCCCUGAGAAAAGUGAUAUUUAUGAUGUUCCUGCUGGUCAGAAUUUGGAAUUGGAAUAUGCCAGCAGGGAACCUUCGUGUCAAGGGAAACUAUCUAUAUUGAGCCGCCAAGAAAGCUCCUUCUUCACCCUGACCUUUGUACCUCAUGGAUAUACAGAAGUUGCAAAAGUCCCUAUUGCCAGACCUGGUCGGCAGUUGUACAAUGUACGGAAUCCCAAUGCCAGUCAUUCUGAUUCAGUCUUGGUACAAAUUGAUGCAACUGAAGGGAAUAAAGUGAUCACCCUUCGCUCUCCUCUUCAGAUUAAAAACCAUUUCUCUAUUGCAUUCAUCAUCUAUAAAUCUGUUAAAAAUGUUAAGUUAUUGGAGCGCAUUGGAGUAGCAAGACCUGAAGAGGAGUUCCAUGUUCCUUUAGAUUCAUAUAGAUGUCAAUUAUUUAUUCAACCAGCUGGUGUCUUAGAGAAUCAGUACAGAGAAUCCACCACUUACAUUUCCUGGAAGGAAGAACUUCACAGGAGCAGGGAAGUGAGAUGCAUGCUGCAGUGUCCAUCAGUAGAAGUCAACUUCUUACCUCUCAUCGUCAAUACAGUUGCUCUGCCUGAUGAGUUAAGCUAUAUCUGUACACACGGGGAAGACUGGGACCCAGCUUACAUUAUUCAUCUGUACCCUACCCUCACUUUGCGGAAUCUUCUCCCAUAUUCCCUAAAAUAUUUACUUGAGGGAACAGCAGAAACUCAUGAGCUAGCAGAAGGCAGUGCUGCUGAUGUUCUACAUUCAAGAAUAAGUGGAGAAAUAAUGGAAUUAGUUCUGGUGAAAUAUCAGGGCAAAAACUGGAGUGGACAUUUCCGUAUACGUGAUACACUUCCGGAAUUCUUUCUUGUGUGUUUUUCUUCUGACUCCACAGAAGUGAUGACAGUCGACCUGUCAAUACAUGUCAGAAGAGUUGGCAUUCGGAUGGUGCUAUCUGUCUUUAGUCCCUAUUGGCUAAUCAACAAGACUUCUCGGGUUCUCCAAUAUCGUUCAGAAGAUAUUCAUGUGAAACAUCCAGCUGAUUUUAGGGAUAUUAUUUUAUUCUCUUUCAAGAAGAAGAACAUUUUUAGUAAAAAUAAGGUACAAUUAAAAAUUUCAACUAGUGCCUGGUCCAAUGGCUUUUCAUUGGAUACAGUGGGAAGUUAUGGAUGUGUGAAGUGUCCUGCCAACAAUAUGGAAUACCUGGUUGGUGUUAGCAUCAAAAUGAGUAGUUUUAAUCUUACACGAAUAGUUACUCUGACUCCCUUUUGUACCAUUGCAAAUAAGUCCUCAUUAGAACUAGAAGUUGGUGAAAUUGCAUCUGAUGGCUCCAUGCCAACUAAUAAGUGGAACUAUAUUGCUUCUUCAGAGUGUCUUCCAUUUUGGCCUGAAAAUUUGUCAGGCAAACUUUGUGUGAGAGUAGUAGGCUGUGAAGGAUCCUCCAAACCAUUCUUUUAUAACCGACAGGAUAAUGGCACUCUAUUGAGCUUAGAAGAUCUGAAUGGGGGUAUCUUGGUGGAUGUAAACACUGCUGAACAUUCAACGGUCAUAACCUUCUCUGAUUACCAUGAAGGAUCUGCACCUGCUCUGAUAAUAAACCAUACACCCUGGGACACCCUCACAUAUAAACAGAGUGGGUUACAGGAAGAAGUGAAAUUGCUGCCAAGACAAGCUCGACUUUUUGCCUGGGCAGACCCUACUGGUACCAGAAAACUUACAUGGAGAUAUGCAGCAAAUAUUGGGCAACAUGAUCUAUUAAAGGAUGAAUGUGGACAGUUUCCAUAUGAUGCAAACAUUCAGAUACACUGGGUGUCGUUCCUGGAUGGGCGCCAGAGAGUUUUGCUUUUCACUGAUGAUGUUGCCUUGGUUUCCAAAGCACUGCAGGCAGAAGAAAUGGAGCAGGCUGAUCAUGAAAUAACCUUUUCUCUUCAUAGUCUUGGGCUUUCCCUGGUUAACAAUGAAAAGAAGCAAGAAGUUUCAUAUAUUGGGAUAACCAGUUCUGGUGUUGUUUGGGAGAUGAAACCAAAACAGAAAUGGAAGCCUUUUAGUCAAAAGCACAUAAUGUUACUGGAACAAUCCUAUAAGAAAUAUCAAGCAGCAAAACAACAUGGCUGGAUCAAACUAGACAAUAAUUUUGAGGUCAAUUUUGAUAAAACUCCAAUGGAAAUGCGCCUCCCUGUUCCGUGCCCUAUAAAACGAGAUUUUUUAUCAGGAAUUCAAAUUGAAUUUAAGCAGUCUCCCCACCAGAGAAGUUUGAGGGCCAGAUUGUAUUGGCUUCAGGUUGAUAAUCAGUUACCAGGUACAAUGUUCCCUGUUGUGUUUCAUCCUGUGGCCCCUCCAAAAUCUAUUGCUUUGGAUUCAGAACCCAAACCUUUCAUUGAUGUGAGUGUCAUCACAAGAUUUAAUGAGUACAGUAAAGUCUUACAGUUUAAGUAUUUUAUGGUCCUCAUUCAGGAAAUGGCCUUAAAAGUUGAUCAGGGAUUUCUGGGAGCUAUAAUUGCAUUGUUUACCCCAGCAACUGACCCUGAAGCCGAAAGAAAACGGACAAAGUUAAUCCAGCAAGAUAUUGAUGCCCUAAACACAGAAUUAAUGGAGACUUCAAUGACCGAUAUGUCAGUUCUUAGUUUCUUUGAACAUUUCCAUAUUUCUCCUGUUAAGUUACAUUUGAGUCUGUCUUUGGGUUCUGGAGGUGAAGAAUCAGACAAAGAAAAACAAGAAAUGAUUGCAAUUCAUUCCAUCAAUUUGCUAUUGAAAAGCAUAGGUGCUACUUUGACUGAUGUGGAUGAUCUUAUAUUUAAACUUGCUUAUUAUGAAAUUCGAUAUCAGUUUUAUAAAAGAGAUCAGCUCAUGUGGAGUGUUGUUAGACAUUACAGUGAACAGUUCUUGAAACAGAUGUAUGUCCUUGUAUUAGGCUUGGAUGUGCUUGGAAACCCAUUUGGAUUACUUAGAGGUCUGUCUGAAGGAGUUGAAGCUUUGUUCUAUGAACCCUUCCAGGGUGCUGUACAAGGCCCUGAAGAAUUUGCUGAGGGGUUAGUGAUUGGGGUAAGAAGUCUCUUUGGACACACAGUAGGUGGUGCAGCAGGAGUUGUAUCUCGAAUCACCGGUUCUGUUGGAAAAGGUUUGGCAGCAAUUACAUUGGACAAGGAAUAUCAGCAAAAAAGAAGAGAAGAGAUGGGUCGACAACCUAAAGAUUUUGGAGACAGCUUGGCCAGAGGAGGAAAGGGCUUCCUGCGUGGAGUUGUUGGUGGAGUGACUGGAAUAAUAACAAAACCUAUGGAAGGUGCCAAAAAGGAAGGAGCUGCUGGAUUCUUUAAAGGAAUUGGAAAAGGGCUUGUGGGUGCUGUGGCUGGUCCCACUGGAGGAAUCAUAGAUAUGGCCAGCAGUACCUUCCAAGGAAUUCAGAGGGCAGCAGAAUCAACUGAGGAAGUGUCCAGACUCCGUCCCCCUCGCCUGAUCCAUGAAGAUGGCAUCAUUCGCCCCUACGACAGACAGGAAUCCGAGGGCUAUGAUUUAUAUGAGCAAGAACUGGAAAUACAGGAGUAAAUGUCUCCUAUACCACUACUUGAUUUCAUCCUUAAAAAUCAAAACAAACUGUGGUAUUAAUUGACUGUCUUUGAUUUAUUUAGGUUGAGAAUUCAUUUUCAUGAGCUUUUUUUAAAAUAAAAAUAUGAACUUUUUAUUGUAGUGUCUUGACUACAAAUAAAAAUGGUGGUAUUCAUGGUAAUACUAUUCAGGAGUAAGAGAUCAAUAUAAAAGAUUAAAUAAUGCAGAAAAAUCAA